UGAUGGACAAGGAAUCCGGUCAGGGUUUCCGCCAUUCAUAGUUGACGACUUCAGUCCGUCGGCGGCCCACUCAUUUAACUUAACCCCCACCACAAAUUCCUCCAAUCACUCGCUCAAUUUCGAGUUUCCCAGCGAACACUAUGGCGGGGGAAAUGGACUCACCGGCGGCGACACCAAGGACGAAGAAGUCGUUAUGGCCUUCUGUUCUUCGUUGGAUACCAAGCUCUACCGAUCACAUAAUUGCCGCUGAAAAGCGCCUGCUGUCUAUUGUCAAGACUUCAUACACUCAAGAAAAUGUCAAUAUUGGCACUGGUCCACCAGGGUCAAAGAUCAGAUGGUUUCGUUCUUCCAGCAAUGAACCAAGAUUUAUCAACACUAUUACCUUUGACAGCAAGGAGGAUUCACCAACUCUUGUUAUGGUUCAUGGAUAUGCAGCUGCCCAGGGCUUCUUCUUCAGAAAUUUUGAUGCUCUCACAAAACAUUUCAGGGUGAUUGCAAUGGAUCAACUUGGUUGGGGAGGAUCAAGCAGACCUGACUUCACUUGCAAAAGUACCCAAGAAACUGAGGAUUGGUUCAUUGAUUCCCUUGAGGAAUGGAGAAAAGCCAAAAAGCUUGAUAAGUUUAUUUUACUUGGGCAUUCUUUUGGAGGAUAUGUUGUAUCUAAAUAUGCCUUGAAGCAUCCUGAGCAUGUACAACAUCUGGUUUUGGUGGGACCUGCUGGAUUUACCUCAGAAGUUGACCAUAAAUCAGAAUGGCUUACAAAAUUCAGGGCAACAUGGAAAGGAGCUGUUAUGAGUCAUUUAUGGGAAUCUAAUUUUACUCCUAUGAAAGUUCUCAGAGGUUUAGGCCCGUGGGGCCCAGAUUUGGUCCGCAGGUAUACAAGUGCAAGAUUUGGUGACUAUGCAAGUGGAGAUGUGUUGACUGAUAAAGAAUCCAUAUUAUUUACAGAUUACAUAUACCAUACUUUGGCUGCAAAAGGAAGUGGAGAACUUUGCUUAAAGUACAUCUUUUCAUUUGGGGCAUAUGCACGAAGUCCUCUGUUAGAAAGAGCUGCGGAAUGGAAAGUGCCAACAACUUUUAUAUAUGGAUUUGAAGACUGGAUGAAUUACCAAGGGGCAAUAGAUGCACGCAAGAACAUGUCUGUCCCUUGUGAUAUCAUUCGAGUCCCAAAGGCUGGUCAUUUUGUGUUUUUGGACAAUGCAAAUGGAUUCCACUCAGCUGUGUUACAUGCUUGCAGAAGGUUUCUCACAUCAGAUCCUAAUGCUUAUCCUUUAGCCGAAGGUGUUAUCUCCAUCUAGUAAAAUUUU